GCUACGUACACAUGUACUAGUACGCAAACAGGGGGUAUAAAAGCCCGGCUAAAAUUUCAUCAUCAGUUUGACGGUGACCAGCUGAUCGAGAGGGGAAAGAAACAACUUCGUUUCAGAAACGUGUACAGAGCUCGCAUUUUCCGAAGAGUAAAUUAAGAUAUCAACGUCAUCAAUAUGUGUGGUAUAUGGGCAGUAUUCGGAAGUGAUGACGACAUUGCAGAUCAAUGCAAUGCUGCACACAAAAUUGGCCACAGAGGUCCAGAUGCCUUCCGAAUAGAAAGUAUCAACCAUUUUCCAUCGUGUUGUCUCGGAUUCCAUCGACUCGCCAUUGUAGAUGAUUUACAAGGAAUGCAGCCCAUGCGUGUGUUCAAAUAUCCCCAUAUAUGGCUUAUCUACAACGGAGAAAUCUACAACCACAAAUUGCUACAGGAGGAAUUUGAUUUCCACUACGCCACUAAAUGUGACGGAGAGUCCAUCAUCCACCUUUACGCCCAGGGCGGGAUAGAGUACGCUGCUAAACAUUUGGACGGAGUGUUCGCCUUCUGUCUCCUAGACACGGCCAACAGGAAGGUUUACCUGGGCAGGGAUACAUUCGGGGUCAGGCCCUCUUUCCGACUGACUACCGAAAGUGGCUUUCUCGCCGUAUGCUCCGAGGCAAAAGGAUUGAUGUCAAUGAUGGGAGAUAAAUCCACUGCCUCUCUAGAAUCAUUCCUACCCGGACACGUGGAAACGUACGAUCUCGACUCUAUAGGACGAGCCACGUUUGUAGAACGGACGAAGUUCCAUAAAAUAGGGGACGCCCCGGCAUACAAAACAGUGGCAAACCCUAUAGAUAACGAUGUAAAGUCCAGCAUCAGGACCCUGUUUGAGGGCGCUGUAAAGAAGAGGAUGAUGGCAGAUCGUCGUAUUGGAUGUCUACUAUCAGGUGGACUAGACUCGAGUUUGGUGGCAGCAACGUUAGUAAAAUUAGCUAAAGAACGAGAUAUAAAAUACCCUGUACAGACGUUCUCUAUAGGGAUGGAGGGCAGUCCCGAUCUGUUAGCAGCAAGGAAGGUGGCCAAACACCUGGAAACCGAACACCACGAAAUAGUUUUCACACCUGAGGAAGGGAUCGCCGCAAUUAAAGACGUUAUUUAUCACCUAGAGAGUUAUGACAUCACAACCGUAAGGGCAUCUGUCGGGAUGUACCUGGUAAGUAAAUACAUUAAACAGAAGACGGAUACAACAGUCAUUUUGUCUGGAGAGGGAGCAGACGAGAUUGCACAAGGCUACAUAUACUUUCAUAAAGCGCCCUCUGCCGAGGACGGGGACGAGGAGAGCAGACGGCUCUGUAAAGACCUGUAUAUGUAUGAUGUACUCAGAGGAGACAGGACGACAUCGGCUUGGGGACUUGAGAUACGAGUACCCUUCCUUGAUCACCGAUUCAGCAGUUACUACCUCUCUUUAGAACCUACAAUGAAGGCGCCCAAGAAUGGAAUAGAAAAGCAUUUGCUGCGGUCUGCCUUUGAAAAAACAGGUUUACUUCCGGCAGAGAUUCUUUGGCGGCCCAAAGAGGCCUUUAGCGACGGCGUGUCCUCUCAGACAAGGUCAUGGUACGAGGUCCUACAAGACUUUGUUGAUGAACAGAUAAACGACACAGAACUGGAAGAGAGUAGUCAUCGUUAUCCACACAACCCUCCCCGCAGUAAGGAGGCUCUAUACUACAGACGAGUAUUUGAGAAGUCCUAUACAGGACAAGGUCAUUUAAUACCGUACUACUGGAUGCCCAAGUGGUCAACAUCUUCAGAUCCCUCAGCCAGGACACUCAAACACUACAAACAGUGACGUCAUCAAUAAUUGCCUAGAA